AUGGAUUCUCUGGCGUUCUUUGAAGGAGGCUGCGGGCCCACGGGCAAGAAGCCACAGGAAUUAGCCGUGGCUCCAGACCGAGGCGGCGGCGGCGGCUACGAAAGCUUGGAGAGAAGUGUGAGUGGCCCAAGGUCACCCGGCUGGCUGCAUGUAGAGAAGUGCAGGCUGGGCCCCAGUUCCUCGCCCCCCCCGGGCUCCCUGCUGCGGGAGAGGAGAGAAGGCUGCGCCGGUGGGCCUUCCACGUGGGGGGGUCCCGUGGGUGCUGCGGAGUCGCCCCCUCCCCGCUACGACACAGGCAGGGCGCCCAUACAGCCUGGGCCCUGUUUGCGCCUGCGCUACUGGGCGCGCCUGGAUGACGCCACGACGCCGGAGCGCGGCGGGGCGGAAGUGCGUGAGGCGAGGGGCCGCGGGGCGCGUGAGGGUGGGGGGAGCGUGUCCGGCGCGGAUUGUGUUGCCAACCUCCAGGCGGGGGCUGGAGAUCUCCCGGGAUGCCAUCUGCUCUCCUGCGCUUGUGCGCAUGACUGGCCGGGAGGGAGAUCGGCCUCCCUUCGCCCCGCCAUGCUCGUGCCCCCCGGAUCCGUGGUGGUGCUGGACUGGCACAAGAGCCCAGAGGCCGAGCGCUACUUUGCGACUGUCCUGCAGCGGCGGCAGAAGCGCAGAGCCUUUGCUGGCUGCUGCGCGUGGGUGGCAGCCGUGCCGCUGGACAAGCCCUGUGCAUGCUCAGGCCAAGGUCGAUUCGCCUGUCGCUUCCCAGGGCUGCUGGAGAGGCCGGUGCUCCCACCGCCAGCCGUUGCCGCCACUGCCAGCUACAAGGUCUUCGUGUCAGGGAAGAGUGCGGUGGGCAAGUCUGCUCUGGUGGCCUCCCUGGGGGGUCUGCCGGUCCCCUCAGCCCAUCAUGAGACAACAGGGAUCCAGACGACGACCGUGUAUUGGGCAGCCAAGCUGUGUGAGAGCAGCAGGCCCCUGUUCUUCAAGUUCACGUUCUGGGACUGCGGGGAGUCUGUGCUGAAGAAGUUUGAUCACAUCCUGCCGGCCUGCACCCAGAAUGUGGAUGGCUUCCUCCUCCUCUUCUCCUUCACCGACCGGGCCUCUUUUGAUGACUUGCCGAGCCAGAUCUCUCGCGUGACGGAUGGAGCUGAGAAGGCUGUCAAAAUAGUCAUCGGCUCCAGGUUUGACCAGUUUGCACACACGGACGUCACGGAGCGUGACAUAGCUGCCUUCCGCCUCACUUGGGGGCUGCCGGUGCUGCGAGCAAAGAGCACCCGCCCCCCGGACAGCUGCACCGGCCUGUCAGACGUGGCCCACCUUCUGAACAGGCUUGCUGAGCACCUGUGGCGGCAGGACCAGUGGGCAGCGGGCCUUCUCCCCCCCGCCCCGCAGGCCUAG